AUGGAACCUAAAAUGGAACUUUCUAGAGAAAUCACCAAUGAAAAACCACUGGAUCAACCACAACCAGAACUACCUGAACAACAACAAGGAAAACAAUCUGAAUCAAUAAAAUCUACAACUUGCCAUAUUUCAAAAUAUUUAAAUUUACAAAUAAUUUUAAAAAAUAAAUCAAGUGUAGCAAGAGAUCAUAUGGCAAAUGAAAGAACAUUAUUAGCUUGGAUACGUACAUCAUUAACAUUUUUAACAUUUGGAAUUGGUUUUUUACAAUUUUAUAGAAUUGAAAUUAAAACUCCAAAUUAUCAAAUUAAUAAUGAACUUUUGAUUAUUGAAAAAUUAACUAAACCAAUUGGUUUAAUUUGUAUUAUAUUAAGUAUAUUAACUUUAUCAUUUGGUACUUUUAGAUAUUUUCAAGUACAAAAUUCAUUGAUGAUUGAUAAUUAUCCUGCUACUAGAUUAACUAUUAUCAUUUUAAUCAUGUUUAAUUUAAGUAUGUUGAUAUUAUUAAUGAUAUUAAAUAUAAAAAUUAGUAUUCAAUGA